UCACAGCAGCUGAUGCACUGGAGAAUCAGCAGAGCAUGAUAGUUUACCGUUAUCAUACAUCAUUACAAAUUGAACUAAUUUGACGAUUAUAGGCCGUAUGUAUCUAGAAUAUUAUAUCGGGACGAUUCAAAAGCAACACAUUUCCAUCAUUAUGGCAUCGAUGCAUCACGACGCCCUCAUUCUUAGGGCCUUGUCCAGGAGUCUGGCGCGUCGCUUUUCAGCAAGCUCCUGGAAGAACUACGCAGGGGUCUCCCUCGACCGGGUAAGCUACGAUCACGACAGUCGUUCGCCCCUUCCCCCACAUGGACGCCAACUAUCCGACAACAUGGGGCUGUGCGUCGACGACGAGUUCAUGGCUACAUGCCCGAGAGAACCCAGUACCUCAGGUAGCCGGAACGCGCACGCCGAAAAGCUGAUACUGAACUAGCAGUAGCAGUCGGGUUAACAUUUCAAAAUGGCCGCCAGCGGACGGACAAAUGCACGCAUUACAUCUGUUCACAGUCUUAUCUCCUUGUAGUGGAUUCAU